UAUUCUAUGGCGCUUGCUCCAAUCGCUGAAUCGUGAGGCGGUGAGCCUCGCUUUGCAUCCGAUGCGUUUGUAAAUGGCGCCCGUACGAACUACACCUCGAAGAGGCAAAAGUUGGCUGACGUCUCUUACCGCUUGUUCUUGAUAGCGUGCAACAACUGGCUACUGGGAGUGUCGACUCCGCUAACAGCAUGUCGUACGGCGCAACCUUUCUCAAAGAGGUUCCUGCAGGAAGAACCGUUGGACAGCAAGCUGCCAUGUUGCAGGCGGGCGCGGCAGUAUCGUGGUUCCAGGCGGUCUAACACGUUGAGCCCUUGCAAUGGAGGUGAGUGAGGGUGGCAUGUUGGAGAUGUUUGGAUUGCAUGGUGGGAGACGGAGACGGGUAGAGGACGAGGAACAGGAAGCUCGAGUCUUGCAAUGGGGAACAUCAACAUCAACAUCAACGGCAAGGGCAACUCGAGCGCAUGGUGAGACGGCUACGUGGAUGUCACUCUGGUGUAAAACUGUAUUUGACCGUGUGGAAUGCGCGUCAAUUAGCGUAGUCAUGCCCGUAAUAAUCCAAGAUGCAAGAUUCAAGAGUCCAGCCACCUGGGUCACGUGGCGACUGAUUUCGAGAGGGGUCAUUCGCGCACGCUGUCUCCUUAUUCCGCCGUCGCGCGCAGUCGUUCCAGCAUCCAUUCAUCCCAUCGCCUCCCACAUUGCUCCAUUGCGCACGCGACUGUCAGGCGCCGUCGCUCCCCCCUCUCUAUUUAUCACCGGCUCUCCCGGUGUUGUAUUGUCUCGUGUGUGCACUUUUCGCGGAAUGAAAGAAGAGCACAGCUAUUUCACCCUGCCCACCAACACGCUUUAACGCCCACGCGCGCCCGGCCAUCGAUACCACUCGAUCGCAGAGGCCCGAGACGACUGUAGACUGCCCCUCGUUCGCGUGCCCGCAGC